AUGGCUGCUCUUUGGAAGAAGUUCUUUAAGCUGAAACAGGGACCUCAUUGGUGGAAUAGACAAGUGUUUGGAGAUAUUUUCCAAUGGGUGCGUGAUGCUAAGGAUAGGGUGGAUGUUGCUGAGACAAUUUAUGAUAGAGACCUUAUACUGGAGCAUCGUGACCUAUUACAUCAGGAAUAUGCAGUUUUGAAUCAGACCUUAUCUAUUGAGGAGGGUUUUUGGAAGCAAAAGGCCGAUUCACGUUGGGAUCUUCUAUCUGCUCCUACACAGUCGUUGGACCUCCUUCGCCCUAAUAUCAUCCUCAGGCUUUUGAUGGAGGAUGACAAUUUGGCACUAAAUCGCAACCUUUUGAUUCACGAGGUUCGAGAGGCAGUGUUUAGUAUAGACGCUGACAGUGCUGUCGGACCGAAUGGAUUCUCAUCCUAA